ACCCGGAAGCGGGCUCGUCUGGCGCGGCUCCGCGGCGGCCGGGAGGCAGGAUAAUGGCGGUUGGGGCGGACGGCGGCUGGCGGUUGGGAGCGGUGCGCGGGCCGGGCUCUGCUUCCUGAAGCCGCCGUUAUGUUCUCGGCCUCGCCGCCGCCGAGACGGGACUUCAUCUCCGUGACCCUGAGCCUCGGGGAGGCGGCGGGGGCAGGCGGCUACAACAACAGCAAGGCCUGGAGGAGGCGCUCCUGCUGGAGGAAAUGGAAGCAGCUUUCUCGACUACAGCGGAGUGUAAUUCUCUUCCUGUUUGCCUUCUUGGCAGUCUGUGGAGUCAUUUCAUACACAAACAUGGGGGAACAGUGGAAAAGUCUAACGAACAAAUCAGCAGAAGAUCAGAAGACAGAACCAGAAAUCCCUGGAUUGAAACCAGCAAAUCCAGCUGUUUUACCAGAACCACAGAAAGCAGAUGCUAACUACCCAGAGCUUUCACUUCAGAAACGCUCAAAGCCACUUCACGUCCGACGUGGUCCGCCUAAUCUGCAGAUCAGACCGCCACGGAGAGAUGCAAGAAUAAAGGCCCAAGAUGUUGCUGGCAAGACUGAGGAAGAACCUGGCCAGGCUGAUAAAGAAGAGAAAACAGAAAAGUCCAUUAUUAGUUGGAGAGGAGCAGUGAUAGAACCUGACCAAAUCACUGAAUCUCCUUCCAGUAAAAUAAAGGAACCAGAAAAACCAUCGUCUGUGGAAGUGGAAGAUCAGAAAGAGCCAGUGCCCGUAAAUGAACGUCAGAUGGCUGUGAUAGAAGCAUUCCACCAUGCAUGGAAAGGUUAUAAAGAGUUUGCCUGGGGACAUGAUGAACUGAAACCUUUGUCCAAAUCCUACAGCGAGUGGUUUGGACUCGGUCUUACGUUAAUUGAUGCUUUGGAUACCAUGUGGAUUUUGGGCUUAAAAGAAGAGUUUGAAGAAGCAAAGAAAUGGGUGGCAACUGACUUACAGCUUGAUAAGAAUGUGGAUGUGAACCUCUUUGAGAGCACCAUUCGUAUUCUGGGGGGUUUGCUGAGCACCUACCACUUAUCUGGAGAUAGCCUCUUCCUAGAAAAAGCUAAAGACAUUGGGAGUAGGCUUAUGCCAGCAUUCAACACACCAUCCAAGAUACCAUACUCAGAUGUAAACAUUGGCCGAGGCACUGCCCACCCACCUCGUUGGACGUCUGACAGCACCGUGGCAGAGGUGACCAGUAUUCAACUGGAGUUUAGGGAGCUCUCUCGUCUCACUGGAGAUGAGAAAUUCCAGAAAGCAGUAGAUGCGGUGAUGAAGCACGUACACUCUCUCUCAGGGAAGAAUGAUGGACUAGUGCCCAUGUUCAUAAACACCAACAGCGGGCAGUUCACUCACCUGGGUGUCUAUACUCUGGGAGCCAGAGCUGACAGCUACUAUGAGUAUUUGCUCAAGCAAUGGAUCCAGGGUGGGAAGAAGGAAAAUGAAUUGUUGGAAGAUUACAUGAGAGCUAUGGAGGGGGUGAAAAAGCAUCUACUUCGGACAUCACAACCCAAGAAGCUUACUUUUGUGGGUGAACUUGCUCACGGCCAUUUCAGUGCUAAGAUGGAUCAUCUAGUUUGCUUCUUGCCUGGGACGCUGGCUCUUGGAGCUCAUAAUGGUCUGACUGCUGAUCACAUGGAGCUGGCCAAAGCCCUCAUAGAAACUUGUUACCAGAUGUAUGCUCAGGUAGAGACAGGCCUGAGCCCAGAGAUUGUACACUUCAAUCUCCAUGCACAAAAGGACCGCAAGGAUGUGGAGAUCAAGCCUGCAGAUAGGCACAACCUGCUGCGACCUGAAACUGUGGAAAGCCUGUUCUACCUGUACAGAUUCACGGGGGAUAAGAAAUACCAAGACUGGGGCUGGGAGAUCUUGCAGAACUUCAAUAAAUAUACACGGGUUCCUUCAGGUGGUUAUACUUCCAUUAACAACGUCCAGAACCCCAGUAACCCAGAGCCAAGAGAUAAGAUGGAAAGCUUCUUUCUUGGAGAAACACUCAAGUAUAUGUUUCUGCUGUUUUCGGAUGACGUAGACCUAAUCAACCUUGACAAAUAUGUAUUUAACACAGAAGCUCAUCCCCUUCCUAUCUGGGCACCAGCAUAGAAGUACUGUAGGCUCCUUCGGCAGUGGGAUGUUACUUUGAGUCACUUUACUGUGCAGGGUUUGAACUGGGAUAGCAGAGAAUUGUUCUAUUUACCCUUUCUUGUUUUUUUAAAAAGUUGGAAAAGCAUCUCUGAUUUAGAGAAAUCUGUCAGUGUUAAAUCUAACUCUGUGCUUUAGCUCGGGGAUGGACAACUUUUGCACACUGUACUGCUUUGCCUGGAUUUGAUGCAGACAUCAAGGUUGGGAAAGCAAUUGCAGUGUGGACCCUGAGGUUAAUAGGUCUCUGAGCAACCAGUGACUCACUCAUGCCAUUCUCCGUAGAUUUUGGUUAGAUUUCAGGACAGCGGUAAGUUGUCUUAUAGCACAGGAUUGUCUCUGGAGAGAAGGAUGUACUGAAAAGCUUGACUCCAGCUCAUUCCAUGGUAUGAGCCUGUAAUAUCUCCAUAUGGUAUGUGGGGUAGACGGAGAACUGUACCAUUGUCCCUGUAAAAAUGGAGAUGUCAGUAAUAUUGAUAACACUUUGAUCUCAUUCCAAAUCCAUGAGCUGUGCAACAUUGUGUUUGAAGAAAGAAGUUGUAUUACAAAAACAUCUGUAGUACAGUAUCUGAAUUUUAUUGAGCACUUUGAACGAUGUCUUAGAGCUGUGGCUAAAAUGAAUGAAUGGUGGCAAAUUGAGUACAGAACUUGCUGCUGAUUUAGCUCAAAGUGGUAUACAAUUUUGUAGAUGUAUUGCAAUUUUUUUUAACUUAUCUGCAGGAAUGCAGGAGACAAUGUGAAAAGCAAACAAUAUACAUACAUGCAUUUAUAUAUAUAUAUUUGCAUCAGUUAGACUCAGGUAUUCUGACUGAAAGCUGCUUUGCGAGGUUGAGCUAUAGAAAAGCUGGUGAGCACAUUAGGUGUAAUUCAAACUCACCUUUCUCAGAUCUUGGAUUUUAAAAAUGUUAUGUUGGAUCAGUGAGGCUUAUUGUUGUACAGAGUAAUUCCUACUAUUUGUCUUACUAUGGAUUAAGAAGGAGGGAUUUUUAAUUCUUUUUUUCUUCUUUGAAGUACCUUGUUUGAAAGUGUUACGUUCACCUAUAGAAUUAAAUGCAUGGAUUCAGAAUGUGGUCCUACUGAAAGGGUAUUCUUCCCCCUCGCUAAUACUGCCAGUAGACUUGCUGUAGAGAGCUGUUUGUGUGCUUUGAGGAGAAAAUAGACCUAGUGUUUAUGGAUAAAAGUAUCUUCUGUGAGUCUAGGGGUCUUGCAUUUUUAUUUCUGGAAAUGAAUUUUGAAAGUAAAACACUUUUCCUUUUGGUUCUGUAGCUAACUUAUGCAGUCCUGUGGACACUAAUAAGUUGUGGGAGAAAAGUGCUAGUUCACUUAUAUUUUAGGGUCUCUUUUCCUGUCAUAGUUUCCAUUCCCACAGGUCUCAUUAAUGAGAAGGGAGGUUACAGGUACAUGUAUAGGCACAAUCCACUCUAAAUUUGGGGCUGAGAAAUCGUGGUAAUAUAAAGCUGACCCAUAGCAAUUCACUUUCACUUAUACUUAUGGAUUUAACAGUAAAUGUAACUUUCUGUUUUGUAAAGUAACCAGUGUCUUUAUAACUUGUCUUGCCAGACCUGGUCUUGCUGGAGUAGGACAUUACUAUUUGGACCACUUUUUAAAUCUAUAGGCAGUACUUAUCAUUCCUUGUACUGAUGAUGGCACAUGGAAGUGAAGAAACAAUUACUGCAAAUUAUAUUUCUAUAUAUGUGUGUAAUAUAUAUAAUAUAUAUAUAUAUAUAGGUACCAUUUUUUUAAGUUUGUUGAUGCUGGGAGUUGGGGAUUUGCUGAUAUGACAGGUUUAUGCAGAAUGACGUGGUCCACAAAUUCAAGAAUUUUAGUAAUCUUGCAAUUCCCAAGGUCUCCCCCUUAAGUGCACAUUGGAAUUUAGAAGCCAUACCCUAAAGCCUGAACAGUUGUUUUGUUGCUCGAUUUUUACAUGGUUCAUAAGAAUUCCAGAGUAUCUUGGUUAUAUUUAAGGGGGGGUUAAGAGUUAAUUUUCAGGAGGUGAAUAUACACCCUAGUGCAGAGAACAUAUGCAAGGUUCCGUGUAUCACUUAAGCCCUGUGUUGAGGUUAUAAAGUGCAGUUGCACUCUUAGAAGCAUUUGACUCUGCAAAAAUGGCAUUGUAGGGUUCCGUGUGUGUUGUGGUGGUGUUGCGAUUCCUUCCAUAUCGCAUGAGCUCAGUAUACAAGUAAAAGGAUAUGGGAUGAAUUUCACUCUGAAUGAAUAAAGUGGAGGGAGGAGUAAACAUAAUCCCCUUCCCCCCAAUCCUAAAUUUCUAUUCCAAAGCUAUUGGUCUGACUUAUUUCUUCUCUGGCUUCAUGCUGUCUUAGGAAACUAACUUACCCUAACUGGUAGUUUUUGUCAAAUCUUACCUUUUUGUUAAUGUUUUGUUUAAUAUUGGUCAACAUUCUGCUCAGGGUAGAACAGAAACCUAAUGUCAGUUUGCAACUAUCAUUUAUUAUGCCUGAAACAUGUAGGCCCUAAAUAGUCUGACAACUGGCGAUCUGAUUGCUCCCUUUCUGACUGCUGAAGAGAAAGCUUUAAUUGCUUAUGUCAUGACCUGCUUUUGUGCCCCCUCAAAGAUACUUUCUUGCCUCUGAUUGGUCUGUGAAGUUUAAAGGCGCAAUACUCCACCUUGAUGGCACAGCACAUCCUCUUACUUUCCAGGCAUGCUAGGACCAGUGCUCAUUCUUGGUUGUAAAGUUUCCAUUCGGGUACUGUAUGGUCCUUUGAACCAAAGCCUUAAUUGCAGUGAAUAUAAUCCAUCUACUUGGCAUCUCCAUUUAUUGAAUCACUUCCCAUACUCAAAUAAUGGAUUGUUGUGGAAAGGCCAUAAUUUAAUCCAGUGAUGUUAAAAACUCUUUUGCCGCGAGCUGCCUUGGUUACUUUCCAAGAGCUUGAGUGCCUUGGCUAAUUCUAACAAAACAAAACAAAGUGCACCCACUCAGACUAUUCAUUCUACUUGUGACUGCCUCCACUGCGGAAUAAACACUGCUUGGUUUGUUGUUUAUGGCCACAGCCAUGAAGUACUGUAUACUUACAGGUGAGGCUAGUAGUGGGGUCUCAUUUAGGUACCAGAGUUUAAACCAGGGCUUGGAAGAAUAUUUCUAGUAACGCAAAGUAGAUCUGAAAGAUAGAUAUGGGGCAAAAGUGAAACCCCCUUUUGAGAAGCCCAACCCCACUGCCACCCCUUAAGUAUGGGGAUUUCUACCAAGGUGCUGUGCCUGGAAUCUGUUGGGCCUCCUCCAUAUUUUAUAUUGUCCUGUUAAGAGUCUGAUUAAAUCUGAAGCUCCACUCAUCCUCUCCAACUGCUGGGAGGGAAAGAAGCUUUGCCUUCCAUUCUCCUAGUGCAUCUGUCGUGAGGGGUUGAGGAGAAGGCAAGUUGCUGCUGCUGGAGGCUUUCCUAGCCUUUUUUUUUUUUUUUUUGGUUCUUCACCUGGGAAACUACAGUACUUCUGCUGCUGGGAGCUUUUUCAAGCAGCAGCCUGAAAGUGAAAGGAAGAUAAGUUUCCUUGCUGCUCUCAGGAUUCUGAACAGCAGCAAUGAAACUGAUAAGUCUAGUUGUUUUCACGUUGCUGCUUGGCAGUCUCAUAGCUGCAGUAGAAACACUGCAUCUGUGUAGCUGCAGCCUCAAAGAAAUACUGCACUUAUUCACUGUUGGAAGGUUAUUGGCACAAUGCGAAAGACUAAAAACUUCAGUUUUUUAAAUGAAAUCUUAAAUACUAUUGGAAGAGAUGAUGCAAACUUUCAUGCUGCCCAGGGAAAGUUUUUGACUUGUGUGUGGAUUUUUCAAGCCCUGAGUUAAGCUAUUAUAUUCUGUAACCAGAGGCAGCAUUUCUUACUGUUUCUGGAACUUGCCCCUACCCUCCAUAUGGUUGUAUGUGAUGAUACAGUGGAAUGGUGAGCCUUUUGGUAACAAAGCCACUGCUGUAGGUCUUAAUCCAGCUGGGCAAUUCAUGUCUUGUGAAAACAUUCCUAGUUCUUUCCGUUUCUCUAAGCCAGUUACUCUGAAACUUUUUCCAGGUAAUGGUGUAUGUCCUUGCAAUAGCUGUGACUCUCCCAGUUGCCUCUUUGUAGGAUGUACUCGAUAACUAGGUUUUCACUGUAUACCCUUUCCUCUUACCCAAGGUUUAAAAUCCAUCAAGGAAAUCUGUACUGAACUGAGGUCAGAUUUGUCUGCCACAGAAAUCUGCAGCAGAUUUUGAAGCAUGACACUCCCCCUGGCUCCUCCAUUUGAUGGAGUUACUUCUGACAAGAUGAAAAGUGAAUUAUGGCUGUAAGUCUCGCUAUAUAUCUAAUUUAUCCCCACACUAUAUCAUCUAAAAGCCAUUACUAUUUGAUUUCUUCUAUACUUCACCGACUUUCCUUUUUUAGCCACUUUCAGCCCCCUUUAGCCCCUAAAGAGGAACAAAUCGAAUCUGCAGAACUACUUUCCUUGUUAAGUUUCAUAUUUUAGAAUCUUUCAAAAGGUGCAAGAGGGUUAAAGAACGCUUGCCUCCUCUUGAAGUGGAAAGUUGGAAGUCACCCAAAGGGCAGAGAGCAGACCACUGGCCACCACUUGUUCAAAGAUUCUAGCUCGGAGAGUACUUUCUAGGUGACUCACUCCUGGCCUAGCUGCUUUGUUAAUGCAUCAUGUGGCAAAGACAGAGCCUAAGCACGGCCCUGGUCUCAGUGUGGUUCCUGCUUUCCAGGAGCUGGGAAUGCUAGCAGGGCAAUGUAAUCAAGAAGCAACUCCUAUAGCAGAGCAAGGAUAAAAGGUUGCCAAGAGAAACAUCCACCUGGCCUUGGUUUAUCUUGGGAGCUAGAGGUGGGGAUUCCAUUGGGGGAGAGUUUACUUUACUCCUUUCCAGUCUCUCCUCUCAUCUCUAUAGAGACAUUCAGCACGCCUCUCAUGGGGCACUAUGAACCCUGCUAACUGCUGAAUGCUUCAGCUUUAACCUGUGUGAAUCUACGUACUACUCCUUGCUCUAUGUGGGAAACUUACUCCCAGUGCCUGGAGGGUCUGCUUUGAAUCAUGUGAAAAAGUAUCAAGGACUGGCCCUAGUAUCUAUCUGAACCAGUUGGGGCAUGAUGGAAGCAGAGAUUCACCAGUGUAAAUUUAACCAACAUAGCAUUGGCUUGAGCAAUGGUAAGAAGCUGAACAAGUGCUGUACUUUGCCCACCUAAGUAACAGGAGCCUGGGAUGAUCUCUUGUUGGAGGCUUUCCAAAUCCCCCCGCGCCCCCCACCUGCCCCUGUGUAAUCAUUGUAAGGUGAUACAUUUCACUUUAAGGCAUAUAAUUAAUUACUAAGAUGUAAUAUUUUUUCAGUCUUGCUAGUAUUUAUUGGUACACAGUAUUUGCAGUAGGUAAGAGUCUACUUGUUAAUGUGCAAAGAUGAAUUUAUUUCACCUCUCAGGGUGAGAGAAAAAUAUCCUUUUUGUAUCCACUUUGAUUAUAUUCAAAAGCCAGCCCCUGGAAUUCUAUCACAUACUUUAAUAAACUUGUAAUUUAUUUUAAAAUAAA